GCGCCGAGGACCCGCCCAAGCCGGAACCCGGCACCUGAGCGGGGAGGCGGUCAGCAGGUGAGGGCUGGAGUGAGGACAGUAGAGCCCCACCAAUUCUCGGCUGUCUAUCGCUCUCUCUCUCCCUGCAUUCUCCGCUGCGGGCACCCUACUCUCCCCCGGGGUGUCGCUCCCAACCCCGGUGCCCCGACUGAUCCGUGCUGUUUUGGUGUGCAGGGGCGGCGGGACACCAUGAGCCAGCUGAAGUCGGCCUUCCGCAGGAGCGUCAGGCGGCUGACCUGGCAUGCUGGCCACCAGCGGCCCCGGCAUAGCAUCGAAAGGACCGUUUCUGAGAAAGAAUCAAAGCCCGAGAAGGAUUUGUCCCGGUGUUCCAGCCAGUUCUUCUUCGAAUACCUGGUGGUUGUUUCGCUAAAGAAAUCUGGUGAUGUGUAUGAGCCACAGAUCGCUUACCAGUUUCCAAAGAGGGAGAACCUGAUCCGUUCUCAGAAGGAGGAAGAGGAAAGUCUCCUGAGAGCGAUCCCGCUGUUCUGCUUUCCCGAUGGCAACACGUGGGCCCCACUCACCGAGUACGAAAGUGAAACCUUUUCCUUCGUCCUUACAAAUGUGGAUGGAAGCCGGAAGUUUGGAUACUGCCGACGCCUCCUGCCUCGAGGAGGUGAUGCUCGGCUGCCGGAGGUUUUCUGUAUCAUCAGCUGCCUGGGAUGCUUUGGCCUGUUCUCCAAGAUCUUGGAUGAGGUGGAGAAGCGGAGGCAGAUCUGCAUGGCUGUCAUUUACCCCUUCAUGCAAGGGUUACGGGAAGCCACAUUCCCUGCCCCUGGGAAGACUGUUCGUGUGAAGAGCUUCAUCCCGGAGUCAGGGACAGAGAUCAUUGAACUGACGCGGCCAUCGGAUUCUCGCCUCGAACACGUGGACUUUGCGUCACUCUUCAAAUACUUAUCAGAGAAACACAUCAUUGACAUAUUUGCCUCAAUGCUGCUCGAGAGGAGGGUCAUCUUCCUGGCUGAGGAGCUCAGCACCCUGUCACAGUGCAUCCAUGGACUGGCCGCCCUGCUCUACCCAUUCACCUGGCAACACACCUACAUCCCCGUGCUGCCCAGGGUGAUGCUGGACACAGUGUGCUCCCCCACCCCCUUUGUGGUCGGUGUACAGAGGCAGUUCCUCGAAGAGGUUCAGGAGAUGCCCAUCGAAGAGGGUUUAAUGGUUGACCUACAAGCAGGGGCUUUCCUGAUAAAAGUUGGAGAUGAGCAUGAGGUUCUACCCAACAAGCUCUAUAAGGAACUUCUGAACACCUUGCAGAAUGAGAGGCAGAGAUGCCAAUCGAAUGAGGAGUUGAAUGAAUUGGUGAAAAACACCUUUGUGCUUUUUUUUGUUAAAAUUGUUGGCCACUAUUCCGCACACCUCAAGCGAAACAAGGACUGCACCAUCUUCCAGGAGAAAGAUUUCCGGAAAUCCAUUGCGUCCAAGUCCAUACGGAGGUUUCUCAAAGUGUUCAUGGCAACCCAGAUGUUCUCGUUGUUUGUUGAGGACCUUCAGGGCCACCCAUUCUCUGAGGAAGGGUUCUUUGAGCAGAAAAUAAAGGAAUAUAACGAGAACAAAAAAAAGUGAAAUAGAUCAGGUUUCAGACAGAGCAAAUGAUCUCUAGGGACCAUCUGAUGUAAGUCUCUGACCUCUGCCUGUGGCUGAAAGAUGGGCUGCUGCAACACCAAAAGAACAAUGUCUUGCUGUUCAUACAAAUAGGCAGAGCCUCAUUCAGUAGCUUGUGAAUGCUACUGCUUGUAUUUAACUGGAAAUAUUUUCAGGAAGAACUGUGUGGAAAAGAGGAUGCGACCGGGGAAAAACUUAAAACAUCAUGGUUGUUCAUUGAUCUUCUUGUGAUCUUCUUGUGCAAACACUGUAGUCAAUGCCAGAUUGUCUCUGCCUGUUGCUAGCAACAGUCCUGUCACCUCUGGGCUUCGUGUUCUCGAGAGGGUACCAACAUCUGGGCAAGCCCACACUGCCUGGUGUCUGAUCGGGAGCGGAGCAGUGUAUGCUUGAUAUCUUUGUUUUUGUAACAUUGUGCAGCUUCAGCUCAUAGUAACCAUGCUGAUCCAUCUACACUGCUUAUUCUCGCUCCCUUCUCACCCCUUCUUUUCUCCUCACCUGCUAAUCACCUCCCCCUAAUUCCCUCCUCCAUCCCUGUCUCCCAUGGUCCACCUGUCAGAUUCCUUCUUCUUCCUCUCUUUACCUCUUCCACUAUCACCAGCCAGCUUCUGACUUCAUCCACCCUCCCUCACCCUCCCACCUACCCCCUCACCCGGUCUCACCUAUCACCUUCCAGCUUGUACUCCUUCCCCUCCCCCAUCUUCGUAUUCUGGCUUCUGUCCCCUUCCUUUCCAGUCCUGAUGCAGGGUCAACCCAAAAGAUUGACUCUUUAUUCCCCUCUAUUGAUGCUGCCUGACGUGUCAAGUUCCUCCAGCAUUGUGUGUAGGUUGCUCUGGAUUUCCAGCAUCUGCAGAAUUUCUUGUGUUUUUUAUUUUUAACCUCUAUCAUUUCUGUGGUCCCUGUAACAUCUAUCGUCACCUGUUUUGCUCCAAGGAAAGACCAUAACCAUAGCACAUAGGAGUAGAAUUAGGCAGCUCGUCUCAUCAUGGCUGAUUUAUUUCCCCCUCAAUCCAUUCUCCCUCUGGUCCUAGUAUCCCCCACUACAUGAAACACCUUUUUUACAUCCACUCUAUCUAGACAAAAGACACAGCAUCAGUACAGAAGGACAUCCCUUUGGAACAGAGAUGAGGAGGAAUUUCUUUAGCCAGAGGGUGGUGAAACUGUGGAAUUAAUUGCUACAAACAUUUAAAGCACAGGUUGAUAGGUUCUUAAUUAGUAAUGGUUAUGAGGAGAAGGUAAGAGAUAACAAAUCAGCCAUGAUGGAAUGACAGCAGACAAUGGGCCGAAUGGCCUGACUUUGCUCCUUUGUCUUACUGUCUUUCACCACAUCGAUAGUUGGUGAAAUAUUUCUGGGAGAGUUGCCACUUUUUUCUCAGAAUGGUGAUAUGUCCUGGGGUGGGUAAGGGGUGCCAUAUCAGUCCAAAUCUCUCCUGAGUCACCUUUUGCAAGUGAGAAUUGGAAAGCCAAAAUCAGAAUCAGAAUCGGGUUUAAUAUCACUGGCAUAUUGUAACAUUUGUUGUUUUGCAAUACAUAAUAAUUAAAUGAUAAAUUAUAAUAGGUACAGUAUAUAUAUUGUGGCACAUCAGGUGGCAACCAUGCCAUUUCUUUAGCAUUUUUGUCUAUUUCUUACAAGCCAGAGUUGCUAGCUUGAUGCUCAACCCAACACAGAGAGAGCUUGCUGGACUCGAGCCCAGGACCACUCGCCUUUUGAAUCCGAUGCAGAUGCCUCUACACCAUUGGUUGACUAAAUUAAAUAAGUAGGACAUGAAGAAAGGGAAAAUGCUGAGGUAGUGUUCAUGGGUUCAUUGUCCAUUCAGAAAUCUGAUAGCAGACAGGAAGAAGCUUUUUCCUGAGACAUGUCUGCCUUCAGGCUCCUGUAUCUCCUCUUUAAUGGCAGCUAUGAGAAAGGUGUGUCCUAGGUGAUGGGUGUCCUUAAUUAUGGAUGCCACCUUUUUGAGGCAUCACUUUUUAAAAGUGUCCUGGAUGCUCAACCCUGUGGUGGAGGUGGCUGAGUUUACAACUUUCUGAUCCCCAGCAGUGAUACAACCAUGCUCUCCAUGGUACGUCUGUAGAAACUUGUGAGUGCCUUUGGCGACAUACCAAUCCUUCUCACAGUCCUAAUGAAAUACAGCCAGAAGCCUGGCAUAGGAUAAUGGAGACCCUGGGGCUUUGAACCUGUUGAGGCCUUUCAGUGACAUAUCAUCAGUUCCAACAGUGUUGAAAGUUUUCUAUACACUGUAUAUUUUCUAUACAGCGUAUACACUGUGUGGCAAUUUUAUUGGGUACUUCCUUACUGUUUGCCUCUGAGUGUGUGUUUGUAGUCUUCUGCUGCUGCAGCCCAUCAAAUUUAAGGUUUGACAUGUGUGUUCAGAAUUGCUUUUCUGCACGCCGCUGUUGUAACACGUGGUUACUCGAGUUACUGUGGCAUUCCUGUCGAUUUGAACCAAUCUGGCCAUUCUCCUCUGAACUCUCUCAUGAACAAAGUGUUUUCUCCCACAAAACUGCCAGAAGGUCCCAAGUUUUGGGAUACUCAAACUACCCCAUCUGCCACCAGCAAUCAUUCCACGGUCAGUCAUUCAGAUGACAUUUCUUCCCUUUUCUGAUGUUUGUUCCGAACCCAUUGUCCAUAUCCGCGUGCUUUUGUGAAUUAAGUUGCUGCUAUUUGAUUGGCUGAUUAAGAGUUUUGCAUUAAUGAACAAGUGUACAGCUGUAUCUAAUAAAAGUGGCCACUGGGUGUAUAUAGAGAGAGACUAUUGUACAAUCUGCAUUGACUUGUUCUUCAGAUUUUAAUGUGAAAUUUCUAUUAAUUCAUAUUACACUGUUUGUACAUAAUUUGUGAAGAAAUUUUUAGAUGGAGAUUUAAAAUAAAGGCCCGAUUCAAACAC